AUGUAUGAUCUCCGUGAUUCGCUGCUCAGUCCUUCGCCACGAGGCACGUCUCAUUCCACCACAUCAGAGGUUCGUCAGACAGACCAGGAGAGCACGCGUCAGUCCAUAGCUCGAGGAGAACUCAAGGAGCUUCGAGACGCGGCCUUCAGUAACCGAACCUCCUUCAUCAACUCCCGAUACUGCGACGUUGGAGAUGGUGUGGAUUCCUUCGAAGAUGAAAUUCAUUCUAUGUGGUAUAUGUACUACCAGCUCGGUCGGAAUAUCUCGUACGAGACACCCGAUCACGAAGGUCUUGUGCUCGACAUCAUCCGCAUCCAAGGAAUAGGACCGCUGACUCGGCCUGUGCGGGGAAAUCACGGCGUUAGUAUCGCACGAACUGCCGAAGGUAGCACACUAUGGAACGAUCUACCCUUCUUGGCCACCGACAUGACCAACUUUUGGAACAGCGACUUCCCGACGAUGUCGGGAACUCACCGACUCAAUUUGGCGACGUUCCUUGCUAAACUAGCAUCAACUCGCGUCGGAAAUGAUAGGCUAUGCCAGAUUGCCCUGGUUCUCUUCCGCAAUUUGUUUGAGGAGAGACAGGGACUUCGCAGCGGGGAGGGGUCAGAUGAUGAAGAUCCAAUGCGACGUAUGAAUCAGCUUGAAAUUUAUCACUUGCUGCCAGCUGCCGUGGCUUGGUUCCGUCACGCUGGUCACAAUCUGAUUCUGCUCUCUGAGGUCUAUUGGAGCGAUUGUCCUAGUACCUUCAGUCAGGGUGGCGCGAAGUUUAUCGAGUCGGAGUUUGGAAAGCGAUCGCCCACUGGAUUCUCGCCAUGGAGAUACUUGUACUGGAUCAAGCGCCUCCAUGAAAUCCAGGAGGAGGCCAAAGAGGCCAAAGAGGAAAUCUUAGCAGAGUACGCCACCGAUGCCAUUGACUACAUGGUCGGCAUAGUCGAGGAGCGAAACUCUGAAGUUUUGAGGGCAUACCAGAACGGUGGAGAUGCCUUGCAUCAGGACAAGCAUCUGCUUUGCCUGAAGGAUCUUUUGAAGAGCGAAGCCACGGAGAAUGAAGAGUCAAAGGAAAGCGCAGAAUAA